CAUUUUGAUUCUUUGAACUUCAUUCACUAGAAUCAUCACUAUACAGUAAGUUGUCGUCUUCAAUCUCCAGCAAUUUCUACAUAGAAUCAUGAGGAAGAAGGUGGACGAGCGUAUUCGAACUCUUAUAGAGAAUGGAGUUAAAUCCAGACAUCGUUCCAUGUUUGUCAUUAUCGGAGACAAGUCUCGUGAUCAGAUUGUCAAUCUUCACUAUAUGCUCAGUAAAUCAGUUGUUAGGUCACGGCCAACCGUUCUUUGGUGCUAUAAGAAUAAGUUAGAGCUUGCCAGUCACAAAAAGAAGCGUGAUAAGCAAAUCAAAAAGAAGUUGCAGAGGGGACAAUUAGAUCCUGAAAAGAUGGAUCCUUUUUCGCUAUUUGUUGAAAGUGCGGGGAUAACAUACUGUUUGUACAAAGAUUCGGAACGAAUAUUGGGGAAUACUUUUGGCAUGUGUAUAUUGCAGGAUUUUGAAGCAUUGACACCAAAUCUUCUUGCAAGAACAAUAGAAACCGUGGAGGGAGGUGGAUUAAUCUUAUUGUUGAUGCGUUCCUUGUCUUCACUUACUAGUUUAUGCACAAUGGUUAUGGACGUUCAUGAUAGAUAUCGGACAGAAUCUCAUUCUGAGGCUGCUGGGCGUUUUAAUGAGCGAUUUCUGUUAUCACUUUCAUCAUGCAAGGCAUGUGUGGUUAUGGAUGAUGAGCUAAAUAUUCUACCUAUUUCUUCCCAUAUGAAGUCAAUUAAACCAGCUCCAGCGAGGGAGGACUCUGAGGGGUUCUUAGAUUCUGAAAGGGACUUGAAAAAUCUGAAAGAGCAAUUGAAUAAUGAAUUUCCAGUUGGUCCUUUAAUUGGGAAAUGUUGCACAUUGGACCAGGGAAAAGCUGUAAUGACUUGUCUUGAUGCAAUCUUAGAUAAGACACUUCGUAGUACAGUUGCUUUGCUUGCUUCUCGUGGCCGUGGGAAGUCAGCUGCACUUGGAUUAGCAAUUGCAGGAGCUGUUGCUGCAGGGUAUUCAAAUAUUUUUGUUACUGCACCGAGCCCUGAAAAUCUGAAAACAGUGUUUGAUUUUGUAUGCAAAGGGUUUGAUGCACUUGAAUACAAGGAGCACUUGGAUUAUGAUGUAGUGAAGAGCUCUAAUUCGGAGUUCAAGAAAGCGACUGUACGAAUUAAUAUUUACAAGCAGCACAGACAGACAAUUCAGUAUAUACAGCCCCAUGAACAUGCAAAGCUAUCACAAGUUGAACUCCUGGUAGUUGAUGAAGCAGCUGCAAUUCCAUUGCCUGUUGUGAAGUCAUUGCUUGGUCCUUAUCUGGUCUUCCUUUCAUCGACUGUUAAUGGCUAUGAAGGAACUGGUCGAUCUCUGUCACUAAAACUUCUGCACCAAUUGGAGGAGCAAAGUCAGAUGUCAAAUAAAAAUGGUGAAACUUCCAUUUCAGGCCGACUCUUCAAGAAGAUAGAAUUGAGUGAAUCUAUCAGAUAUGGAUCAGGUGAUUCUAUUGAAUCGUGGCUGAGUGGUCUGCUGUGUUUGGAUGCUUCAAAUUCUAUUCCUGCCAUCACCAGGUUACCUCCGCCGAGUGAAUGUGAUCUAUAUUAUGUAAACCGGGAUACACUAUUUUCUUAUCACAAAGAUAGUGAGUUGUUCUUGCAGAGAAUGAUGGCACUUUAUGUUGCAUCUCACUACAAAAAUUCUCCAAAUGAUCUACAAUUAAUGGCAGACGCUCCAGCACACCACUUGUUUGUGUUACUAGGUCCUGUUGACGAGUCAAAAAACCAUUUACCUGAUAUUCUUUGUGUCAUCCAGGUCUGUCUCGAAGGGAAGAUCUCUCGUACCUCUGCUAUGCGAAGCCUAAGCGAUGGUCAUUCCCCUCAUGGAGACCAAAUACCAUGGAAAUUUUGUGAACAAUUUCAAGACACAGUUUUUCCAAGUCUUUCAGGUGUUCGAAUUGUCCGCAUUGCAACCCAUCCAAGUGCCAUGAGGCUUGGAUAUGGUUCAGCUGCUGUGGAACUCUUGGCAAGGUACUUUGAAGGACACGUCACUCCUAUUUCUGAAGUAGAAGUUGAAGAUGUCGUACACCCAAGCCCUGUUAGAAUUUUGGAAGCUGCAAAGAGGGUGUCCUUGCUAGAAGAAAAUGUGCAACCUCGUGCAAACCUUCCACCUCUACUUGUACAUCUCCGUGAAAGGAAACCUGAAAAGCUCCAUUAUAUUGGCGUCUCAUUUGGUCUUACACUAGACUUGUUCCGCUUUUGGAGUAGACACAAAUUUUUACCAUUCUACAUUGGACAAAUUCCUAAUACUGUGACUGGUGAGCAUACAUGUAUGGUACUGAAACCACUGAACAACAAUGAUGUAGCUGGCUCAGGGCCAUUGGGCUUUUACACUCCAUUUUACCAAGAUUUUAGGCAACGGUUUAUGCGGCUCUUGGGUUUUAAUUUCCGUACUAUGGAAUACAAGCUUGCACUAAGCAUUCUUGACCCUAAAAUCAACUUCACUGAGCAGCCAUCCAACCUCUCAGAUGGUUGCUCGACUCCACUUACAGAAAUUUUGACACCAUAUGAUAUGAAGAGACUAGAAUCUUAUACAAACAAUCUAGCUGAUUUUCAUAUGAUUCUGGAUCUUGUACCAAUCCUUUCACAGCAAUAUUUCAGUGAGAAACUUCCGGUUACAAUAUCAUAUGCCCAGGCCUCAGUAUUAUUAUCCAUCGGAUUGCAGUUUCAAAACAUAACUCACAUUGAGGGAGGAAUGAAGUUGGAGAGGCAACAAAUAUUGUCAUUGUUCAUUAAAGUCAUAAAGAAAUUCUACAAGUACCUCCAUGAAGUUGCAUCCAAGGAGAUUGGUAAAACCUUCCCGCGAUUGAAAGAGGUCGUGAUGGAGCCUCAUCCUGUUUCACUUGAUGAAGACCUCAAUGAAGGUGCCCAGAAAGUCGAGGAUGAAAUGAAAGCCAAGUUAAUGGAUCCUGAGUUACUCCAGCAGUAUGGGAUCUUGGACAGGGAAGCUGACUUGGAGAAGGCUCUUGAAAGUGACGGCUUGAAGAUAAGUUCAAGUGGAUUGUUAAGCGUGAAAUCGAGUAGGGUGAAUACUGAUAAGGGAGGGAAGAAGAAAGAGGGUCACAAGGACGGGAAGAGAAAGAACAAGGAAGAAUUUUCUGGCUCAAAAUCUUCGGGUAAGAAGAGAAGACAUUGACCUGGUUUAUUCCCUUUAAGAGCAAAGGGACAAAAAUAGGGAUAAGUUUUGGUUAGGAAGAAGAUAGGCUCAGUUCUGUUAAAUUAAGACCAAAUUUUGCAAUUUUGUUGUGUCAUCAGGUUCAGUUUUAUACACAAUUCUUGUAUUUUCUUAAUUAUUAAGUUUGAGGUAAGCUACUUUGAUUUUUGAAGCUUUGUAUUUUAAUAGUUUAAAUUUAUUUAUAGGGGUUUAUCCCAGUUUUCUUA